GCGAGUGCGCGUUACGCAGGCGGCAGGCAGCGCGCGCAGCAUGAUCCGAGUGCCCUGGAUCCGCUUCCUUUCCCGGCUCUGCGCCCCGGGUCCACAGCGGAGCCUGCGAUCCGCGCGUCGCGCGCCCCACCCGCGGACGAGCAGAGGCGCGAGCGCGGCGGGGACCCCCCAGGACGUUCUCAGGACCAGUUGUAGAGCCACUUUCAGCAUGGCAUCUGGGGGCCAGGGACUGGAUGGACCUCCGGGAUCUGCCCACCAAAACACCAACCGCUUGAGCAUGGAGCGAUCACCUUACCUGCUACAGCAUGCACAUAACCCUGUGGACUGGUUUCCAUGGGGACAGGAGGCUUUCAACAAGGCAAAGAAAGAAGAUAAGCCUAUAUUUCUGUCAGUGGGCUACUCCACCUGUCAUUGGUGUCAUGUUAUGGAGAGAGAGUCUUUUGAAGACAUCGAAAUUGGCAGGAUCCUUAGUGACAACUUUGUUUGCAUCAAAGUGGACAGGGAGGAGCGACCGGAUGUGGACAAAGUCUAUAUGACCUUUGUGCAGGCUACAAGUGGGGGUGGAGGCUGGCCAAUGAGUGUGUGGCUGACCCCUGACCUUCAGCCUUUUAUUGGGGGUACAUACUUCCCACCAAGGGACACUGGACACAGACCUGGGCUGAAAACCAUACUGUUGCGAAUCAUAGAGCAGUGGCAGAAUAAUAGAGCAUCCCUGGAGUCCAGCGGUCAGCGGGUCAUUGAGGCCCUGAAGAAGGGCACCGCUAUUGCAGCCAGCCCCGGGGUUGGUCCCCCACUUGCCCCUGAAGUUGCCCACAGGUGCUUCCAGCAGCUGGCACAUUCCUAUGAAGAAGAGUAUGGAGGCUUCAGGGAUGCUCCCAAAUUCCCCACACCAGUGAACCUGAUCUUCCUCAUAUCAUUCUGGGCUACAAACCGGUCAACGUCGGAGGGUGCGGAGGCCCUGCGAAUGGCUCUGCACACCAUGCGCAUGAUGGCGCUUGGUGGCAUCCACGACCAUGUGGCUCAGGGUUUCCACCGCUACUCCACGGACUCCUCAUGGCACGUGCCUCACUUUGAAAAGAUGCUCUAUGAUCAGGCACAGCUGGCGGUGGCCUACAUCACCGCCUACCAGGUGUCCGGGGAGCAGCUCUUUGCAGACGUGGCCCGGGACGUGUUGCUGUAUGUCUCGCGGGACCUUAGUGACAAGUCUGGGGGCUUCUACAGUGCAGAGGAUGCAGACUCCCUCCCCACCAUGGCAUCCACCGAGAAGAAGGAGGGGGCCUUUUGUGUGUGGACUGCCGGGGAGAUCAGGGACCUGCUGCCAGAGCCUGUGGAGGGGGCCACAGGGGGGGCCACCCGAGCAGACAUCUUCAUGCACCACUAUGGCGUCAAGGAGCAGGGAAAUGUGGAGCCUGAGCAGGACCCUCAUGGCGAGCUGCAGGGCCAGAAUGUGCUUAUUGUGCGUUACUCGGCAGAGCUGACGGCUACUCGUUUCGGCUUAAGCGUGGAAAAGACCAAAGAGGAGUUGGCUGCAGCCAGGGAGAGGCUGGCUGAGGUCCGGCGGGGCCGGCCGUCUCCUCACCUGGACACAAAGAUGAUUUCCUCCUGGAAUGGACUGAUGCUGUCUGGGUUUGCACGUGUGGGUGCCGUGCUGGGGGACCAGGCGCUGGUGGAGCGAGCAGAACAGGCUGCUAAGUUCCUCCAGGACCACCUGUGGGACGAAGCCAAGCAAGUGAUUCUGCACUCCUGCUACCGUGGUGACGAGAUGGAGGUAGAACAGAUUGCAUCUCCCAUCGCAGGUUUCCUGGACGACUACGCGUUUGUGGUGUGUGGCUUGCUCGACCUGUAUGAGGCCACGUUGGACACUCGUUGGCUCAGCUGGGCUGAGGAGCUGCAGCUCAAGCAGGACCAGUUCUUCUGGGACAGUCAGGGUGGAGGCUAUUUCUGCAGCGAUCCCACAGACCCAACCCUGCUGCUGGUCCUCAAGCAAGACCAGGAUGGGGCAGAGCCCAGUGCAAACUCUGUCUCCGCCAUGAACCUGCUGCGCCUGUCCCAGUACACUGGCCGGCAGGAGUGGGCCCGGCGCUCUGAGCAGCUCUUGGCUGCCUUCUCUGACCGUCUGGUUAAGGUGCCCAUCGCCCUGCCAGAAAUGGUCCGCAGCCUAAUGGCACAACACUAUACACUCAAACAGGUCAUUAUCCGUGGCCAACCCAGUGCAGAAGACACUGCUUCCCUGGUUGCCUGUGUCAAUGGUUUGUUCCUGCCCCACAAGGUUUUGAUGCUAGCGGAUGGGGAUACAGACGGCUUCUUAUACCAGCGCUUGCCUGUCCUCGCCACCCUGAGGCCGCUGGAGGGCAGUGCGACAGCCUACGUAUGCCAGAACUUCACCUGCGCCCUCCCCGUUACCUGCCCUGAGGAGUUGCGUCGGUUGCUGCUGGAGUGAGGAGCCUCCCUUCUCAAUCACAAGUCUCCACAGGUGCAGAAGAAGGGGUUAUGCAGCAGCCAGCUGCCCCUCUUAGAAAUGCAGUCUACCCAGCAAAUAAAACUUGAGCCUAGUUCACUCCAUGAAGGGUUCGACACCCAGACGAGGAAACGCCUUCUUAGACCGCCCUUUCGAUGCACUGCAGCAUAGGAUUAGGAUUAGACGUCUUCCUUUCGCAGCUAACCUCCUGAUGCUGUGGAUCCUCCUCCCAUGGGAGCUGUCACUCGCAUAAACCCCAGUGGCACUGGAAAUGUGGUGUCCUUGCAUGUUCUCUUCUCACUGUCCAGAAAAACAAACAAAGAGGAUGAGGGUUGGGCAGCCUUGUCUGUGCCAGAGUAGGGGGAACUCGCUGGCACCACCUGUCAUUGCAGCUUUGAGAGACUCAUCAUAGCCCUGCUGCUUGUAGCACUGUGAAUGGGCCACCAGGUACUGUGUGAGGACCUGAGCCCUGCUGUGAGAAGAGUAAGGGAAUUCCCUUUGCUUCAGAGCACUUCCAUGCUCCCAGUAUUUCCAUUUAUUUACUUAGCAGAUGCUUUUCUCCAAAGCUUCCAAUGAACUCUAUGUAGUGUU